AUGCAGCAAUAUGGACCACGACGUUCAUUUGUGGAUGCUUCACCAUCAUCAACAAUGACGGCCAUGCGUGGUUUCCAAGCCAGCCUUAAGCCGCUUGCCAUUGCCACGGCAACCAUUGGAUCCUCUGCCUUUCUCAAAAAGCCUGUGCUUUGUCAACAAGCUUAUGCCAACAUCCCACCAGCUGCUCCUCCUGCUACUGGCAUCUUUGAUGAUAACCCUGGAUCAGCACGAAAACCCACCGAUGCUGAAGUAAGCAAGAGUCUUUUCCAUACGGGCGAGUUAUCAUUUGGUGCGGUCCUUGGCGUCUGUACGGGCUAUUUAAUUAAAAAAGUUGGCAAGCUCUUUGCAUUAGCUAUUGGUGCUGGUUUUAUCUUUUUGCAGUACAUGUCAUUCAAAGGAUACAUCACUGUACAUUGGGAUCGCCUUGAGGGUGGCUACCAACGACGCUUGGAUGUGGACAAAGAUGGUCGGGUGACUCAUCGCGAUAUUCGUAGUCAUUGGGACCGAUUUGUCGGUUUUCUCACACACAACAUCCAAUUCAAGUCGACUUUCCUUGUUGGUCUCUAUACAGGUAUUCGCUAUGGAUAG